AUGUCAUUGAAGGAGGUGGAUAAGAAGCUUGUAAAGAGACGCCAGGUAUACCGACCUGUAUUGGACAAUCCAUUCACGAAUGAGCGAGCGUUGUGGCCGCGAGUGAAAGAUCCACAGUUUAUAUGGGAAUUGCUGAAUACCACUGUACUAUCAAAGAUCAAAGGUCUAGCAAGUGUUCCCUUGAACGAGUGGCCCUGGGAUGUAAUCACAGAUUAUAAUGAAAUCGUGCAAUUGUUGGAAACUGGGGAAGAAGAUGUUGUGUUGUACGUGUGCAAUCGAGAUUCUGAUGUAUCGUCCGUACUUUUACAACAGAUACCACUCCUGUGUUACAUGAGCGAAUGCAGCGUUACGCUCGUGCAAUUGCCCUCUGGAUCGCACCAAGCAAUCCAGGAGGCAAUCACUUCUUCACCACUUCGAUGCCAAGACGGACUGCUCCUGCUGCGUUGUAAUGACAAAAUCAGCGACAAUUUCCGCGACCAAAUCGCCCAGCAAGUGGAUCCAUUGCAAUUUCCCUGGCUCGAGGGCGUUAAGCACCUGCCAGCGACCGUCAGAAGGCUCAAGACCUCUCAACCUUCCCGGUGA